AAAACACUAUGAAUAAUAGUGGGUAUCACGUUUGUAAAUGGACUUACUUGCUCUAGUACUGCAGGGGUUAACACUUCCCCUACUGGAUGAUGCCAGCAGCUAUUAGGGAAACACUAGGACCCAGAAGGAUGACAGCCACAGCACCUGGAGAGUGGAAAGAUCCAGAGCCCCAGCAACAGGCUGACCUGUGAACUGAGGAAGGGGAGGAGCUCAGGAGCCUGUGGGGAGAGAAGAGAAUGCUGAGUGAGGAGACAGAGCCAAGCUGAGUAGAGCUGCCUGGGAGCUGGCUUGUACCUGAGAGUGCUGACUAGAGGAGUGGGGUGCAGCUGUGGAAGGACAGCAGGAAGCUCCAGUGACUGGAGAGAUCCCCUCAGCCACCAGGAGCUGCAACACAGGGACAGAGAGUGGUGCAGACAUCACAGUGUGACCAGCCAGGCACUAACACCCCAGGGUAAGCUCCUGUAAAAUCAGAGGGAGGAGAGAGCCAGCAACAGACAGACCCUCAGGAAAUCCCCAGCCUGAUACCUGACAGCCAACCUCCUAUGUGCCCAGUCAGUCAGUGUGAGCCAGAAGGAGAGAGAGGCCAGAUAGAGCAGGAGCUAGAGACUCUGUGUUGAACUUUUACUAAGGGCAGCUGGGUAACCCCCACAUUGGAAGAAAGGCAUUCAGCCAAGUGUGAUACAACAGACUGUCAGUGGGAAGUAUAGUCACUCUACUACAACUGACAUCCAACUGCUAUUGAGAGUAAGAAACCAACAACCCAUUCCUUAUCACACAAAGUGAGAGACUUGGACAGUGAUAUAGUUAUUGUCACACCCUGCAGGGUGCAUUACAGACUGUAGUGAGGGGACGUGAACUCACCAAACCAGGACUUGUACUACUUCCAUUUGGCUUUCCUAACAAAGAGAGACAUAUUGCUUUGCUAACUAAAAAUGCAACCGCCACCUGGAGGACACUAGAAAUAUUGCCAAGGUUCAUUUAUUUAAUAUUGUACUACAUGCAAAAGAGGAAGGGGGACACUGUUGGGCCAAUAGAAACCCUACUAUGUGACGUUUGAAGGGGUCGGACUCUGCCAUUGGAGGGCGGUGCCAUGAAAGGAAAGUAAAAGGAGUUUAUUAGCUGCGGAGUGGAGUGAGUGUGAGUGAGUGUGGGAGCAGAAAGCAGACAGAAACCUACUUAGCCAAGGAUCAGGGGCACACAGACUGGUGACUUUGGAUAAGCCAGACGCAGAACAACCUUUCUUAUGUAUUUUGCUCCUAUGUAGACAGUGCUAUGUGAUGUGGAAUGAGAAGCAGCAGUAAUCUCCCUGUAAUAUGUAAGCCCAGCAGCAUCUCCUCUCCUUAGGGAGCAUUGUACCCCCCUGGUGGGCACUUUAUUAUACUGGGACAGCACCUCCUCUGCUUGGACAGCUCCUCUCCUGCUGACGAACCUCUUUUCCCUCUCUCUCCUGGGACCAGGGACAGCUCCUCAUCAUCUGCUGGCACCCAGUGUCUAUUCAUUUUAUGGCCCCUUUUUAUGGCCCCUUUUCCUCAGAUCAUGAAUCUUGACCGAGAAGGGUCCCCGGGGCCAAAGCCCAAACAGCCCGAGGCUAGCCAGACAGAGAUGCCGGUGGCAAGCAGCAGCCCAGAAGUGGCUAGUGGCUGGAAGAGCCCAGCAUUGUCCUUCAGUGUGGAGUCCCUGAUCUCCCAUCGGAAGCCCAGCAAGGCCCAGUCCCCGGACACUGGGGGUGAUGGAGAUCAGCAGCAGACUGUAUUUACCUCUCGGACAUUAGGUGCAGAGAAAGAUGCGUCUCCCCUUGGUGGACACUUAGAAGACACCUGUAAACAAGACCCUGAGACCCUAGGCGAUCAUGGGGGCAACUCCUGGUACCAGGGGCCACCCUACUCCUCACCCCCAAGACAUGCAAGCCCUCCACCAUGCACUUUGAGGAAACACAAAAAUAACAGAAAGCCCAGAACUCCAUUCACCACUUCUCAGUUGUUGGCCCUGGAGAGGAAAUUUAGACAGAAGCAGUAUCUCUCCAUUGCUGAGCGAGCCGAGUUUUCCAGCUCUUUAAACCUCACAGAGACACAGGUGAAGAUCUGGUUUCAAAACAGACGAGCCAAAGCCAAACGGCUUCAGGAGGCCGAACUGGAGAAGCUGAAAAUGGCUGCCAAGCCACUGUUACCCUCUUUUGCGUUACCAUUCCCCUUUAAUGCUCAGUUGGGGUCUGCAGCAGCAUAUGGAGCUCCCACUGCCUUCCAGAGACCUGCAUUGCCCAUGCCUGGACUCUUCACCACGCCAGUCACAUAUGGAAUGUAUUACUUGUCUUAAAGGUGUGCAAAUCACUUAAUAUACAGAGCGUCGUUGUAAAGCGCAACAUAAUGACAACUAAGGGGGGAAGGUACUAAUGAGCAUCGGAUAUCUACGGCUGUAUUUGUUGGCUGACUGAUCAUUUAGGAUGUGAGACUUUGUUGGCAAAGCUGAAUAUGCUGCAGUCACAUUACACCCCUGCUUUCCCGGUGGGGUCAAAAUUGUAAUUCAAGCAAGUUUAUAUGUCAGUGACAUUAUAGAAAGCACUUUACUCUUUGGUGCCUUUCCUACCACAAAAGUGACCAUCAAUGCUGCAUCAAAGACAUUUGUCUUGGGAGUAAAGGUGUUAAAAUAAUUGCAACAUUGAUUAUUAAUUAAAAAAGAAAAAAAAUAGAAAGAUAUUCAUGUAAACUUUAACAAUUGUUUGCUGUGAAUGGUGUUGGUGUUGGAAGCCAGGUCUCAAAAUACUGUAGUGACCUACUCCAUAUAUGUCCAUUACUCUUUUAACUUUGACACUUUCAUGUUGUAGCAGCAAUAUCAUUCACACAUUAAUGUUCCUAUUUUCUCAAUUAAACUUGAUUUGCUGGACAUGUCACUGGUUCACUGAUCUACAGGAACUACUGAAAUGCUUGAAGAGACUUUAUCUUGGGGACAUUCUUUAACAUCCAUGUAAGCUAAAAAAAUAAUUUGACAGAAAAGAGUCAGAAAAAAAGCGAACAAUACACGGUGGAGUCACAGUAUUAUGACCACCGGCUUAUAGCCAGAGUAACUGUGAGUGCAGCAUGGACACAGGGCCGGUUCUUGGGCGCUGUGCGCCCCGGGCGACAAUAGGGGGUGUGGCUACGUACAGGGGGCAUGGUCAUUUACGCCCCCUGUACAGACUGAAAUGAUGUCCGGUGCGCGAUGACGUCAUCGCGCACCGCACAGUAAAGGACCUCUCCACGAAGGGAAACUAGACGCGUACGCGUCUAGUUUCUCUUCACAGCGGCAGCGGGGGCAACGGGCAGCGGGGGGCACAGCAGCAGCGGAUCUUGCCCUGGUGCGGCGCCCUCCGGAUGGCGCCCUGCGCCCUCCGGAAGGCGGCGCACCGGGCAAAAGUCCUGCUUGCCCGUGGCAAGAUCCACUACUGCAUGGACAGCAGCUAGACGGGCUGGGAGGUGCUGGGAGGUUGGCACAGGUACAUUUUAAUGGUGAGCUGCUCCACUGUAGCGUGUCGGUUAGCAAUCAAGCACCUUCGUAGCCGACGUUCACCUCUCACAUCACUGGCACGUGGCGCUCCGGUUAUUCGCAAUGGUGCCAUUUGUCCAGUCAUUAUAUACCUUCACCACAGCAGCACAUGAACACUUCACAAACUGCGCUGUUUAAGAAAUACUGCCACCAUUGGCCCGAAAGCUGAUAAUCAUCCCUUUGCAACAUGGAAAAAUCACCCCUUUUACCCAUGACAGCAAGGGUGAUAUGUAUGCAGACGGCCUAUCGCACACUUUAUAUAUCCACCAAGCCAGCGCAUUACACGUGACGUACUUCAUGGGCUACGUGCAGCCAACGUCAAAUGUAGGAGGUGUCAUAAUAAUGUGACUGGACCCGGUAGCAUCGCUGAAGAAAAAUCACAUAACCUAGAGAUGAAACGAAAUGGGAAAAACGUAAUUUAGGGUUAGGAUUGUAUUCAUUGAGUAAUGGGACUGUGUAUACAUUUUGUUGUAUAAAUGAAAAUGUACAGUAUCAUGCAACAUUUAAGGGCGUGUUUCAUUUCACCCCCCUCCUUCCCCAGAUCUAUUGUGAAAGUACUUUUCUUCACCACAUCUGGUCACUUACUGCACACUCUGCAGGGAAUAAACAGCUUUUAUAUGCAUACUGUAUGUAGCCUGCACGUGUUGAUUUUAAAUCGAAAGAAUAGGAUUGUGGGGGUCAUUUUCUUAUAUCAGCAUUUUUCAUUUUACAUCUUCUCUCACAUUCAAGUGCCUAUAUUACAUUUCUGAGAGGAACCCUCUGGCGGCAUUUCACCGGUAUGAAAAAUGUACAUGAAGCUUCACUGUAAUCGAUAGCUGCUCUGUGUGGGCGGCAGGAAUUUUAGAGGGGGACAAGGAGAGUGAGAUGCACUGCACAAGAGGGAAUGUGGGGAGUCGGAGAUUAAUUACCACACAUAGGAGAAUAGAUAAUGAUCUGCCAGGGAGAAGAUGAAUGGGAAACAAAAUACAGUAAGAAGGCGCUAUUCCACUGUCCUGCAUAUGUCUCGCAUAUAUAGGACUCUCCUCUGAUACGGAAAACGUUUGGAGGUAUGUCCCCUGUCAUGCAUCCCUGUAAUGCAGAAUAAAGGACAGGACUCAUGCAGUAAUUAGCAGCGCAUCUUAUAAUGGUGGAGGUAGCGGGCUGGGGACGGCUUAAGUGCUAGACACACCCUCUCCACUGCAUGGUCAUACCCUCCAUAUUGGACGAUCAUGCUCACUCAAACGUUUGGAAAUCCUGUGUUAACCCAGAAUGUAAUACUACAGAUGAAGAUAUAGAUACUGAUUAGAGCUUUGAUUCAGAAUUAGAAGCAUAUCUAGAAAAAAAUAAUAAUAAUAGAACUUUGCAUUGCACUGCUGCAGGCAGGCAGAUUUAAAAUGUGCAGAGAGUUUUAGUGCCUGAUUCGGAGUUGAACAGUCACAAUGUUCAUGGAGUUGAGCGAUUGUUUGAUACUGUCUGUGCACGAAGACCCCUAAAAACUUGUCCGGUGCAUGCGUUAUACUCUAUGUAUGCUCAGCAUCAGAGUUGCGAUUGAGGCACACAGAGGGAGAUUUAUUAAUGCUUGGAGAAAGAUAAAGUACCAACCAAUCAGAUUCUAUAAUUUUUCAAAUACAGUCUUUAAAAGGUGACCCGGUCCACAUACUGGCGUUCAGGAUGCCGGCAGUUAGGAGACCAAUGCCGGAAUCCCGACACAGGUCAGAAGACCCAGGCCAGGAUACCGACAUUGACCACACUGCCAGUGCUGGAAUCCUGACUGCC